UCAGUCACAUCAGUUCCGUCAAUCGUUCAUUACGUGUUCAUCUAAGCAACUCGCAGGUUGCCGGUUUACGGGUUGUCAUUUGAAAAAAGAAUAGAGAAAAUUUUAACAGCAGAAAAUUUUGUGUGAAUUUGUUCAAUUUUGUGUAUCAUAAACCGGUGCAUUCAAACAGUGAUACCGGGUGUAAAUCGCUUGUUUUGUGACGAAAUAAAAUAAAUUUUUAAGGAAAUACCGAAAAAAGAUUUCUUGAAUUUCGCAUAUUGGUAAUGGCCUUCCUGCGUUCGGUUACCCGUUGGAAUUCAUUUGUGUCGAAAAAAAUACAUCUUCAGAGUAGUGCGGACAUCAAUGCAAAAUUUUCGAGAUCGCAAUUGCUGGCUAGCCAUCGAUAUUACAAUGAAUUGAAACGUGAAUUAAAUACGCGAUUCAAUUCGUCGAUUGCAUCGGCAACCACUGCCCAUAAGCCACAGCCAAAGGCCGGCCAAGAUGGAAAAGGAGUGUCACCGAAAGACCCAUUGGAUCUGUCGUUCAACAAUCCGAAUGCAGCUUUCAAAUCGAAAACUACCGGGGAACUGCUGCGAGCCUAUAUUGUCUACCUACUAUGCUCGUCCACAUAUCUUGUGGAUAACAAUUUGAAGCUCAUGAAGGUGUUCAAAGCGUUGAUGGGAGAGAAACUAUUCGCACUGAUGAUGAAGCAAACAUUCUACGGGCACUUUGUGGCUGGUGAAGAUCGUCAUAAAAUCAUACCAACUCUGGAACGACUACGUUCGUUCGGAGUGAAACCCAUUCUUGACUACUCUGUGGAAGAAGAUCUGUCCCAGGAAGAGGCCGAAAAACGUGAAGUUGAAUCAAUUUCGAUUCGACUGAACACAGCUCGAUUAAUGAUCGUUGACCGUCUGUUUGGAAGUAGCGAUAGCCGAUCAUCAACAUCAGAAGCGCCACCGCCACCACCGGCGGCCACCUCAAACAACAAAGCAUUGCCGCAAUAUACAGUUGACAAGACAUUCGCCGAUCGGCGUUUUAAGGUUAGCAGUGCUAGAACCUACUUUUACUUGAACGAAGCGACUUGCGAACGAAAUAUGGAAAUUUUUAUCAAAUGUUUGGAGGCUGUGUCGGUAUAUGAUAUGAAACUUCCAAAACGGUUUGAUAGUACUGGAGCCACUUUUGGAACUGGAAUCACAGCGAUCAAACUUACUGCUUUGGGUAGACCACAACUACUUCUCCAAAUGUCCGAAGUAAUCACCCGUACCCGGCAAUAUAUGAUGGAAUUGGUUGGUGGCCAAGGUAACGUCAUGACCCACCACAAAACGAUCAAAGAUCUCGAACAAUACUACAGUUCAAUAAGUGACAAUAAAGAUGUCAAAGAGUUCUUGAAGAACAUUACAUCCGACAAAGAAGGUAUUCUACAUUUGUUCCCAUGGUCUGGUAUUGUUGACGACAACGCUCAAUUGAGCGAAACGUUCCGUGUUCCUGAUCCGAAAACCGGACAAAUGCGACGACUGACUUCACAAAUUCCGCCCAAAGAAGAGGAAAUGUUCCGAAACAUGAUUCGUCGGCUGAAUACAAUUGCUAAGGCCGCUGAAGAGCUAGACGUACGCAUAAUGAUUGACGCCGAACAGACUUACUUCCAACCGGCUAUUUCCCGAAUUACUCUCGAAAUGAUGCGCAAAUACAACAAGGAAAAGGCAAUCGUCUUUAACACCUACCAAUGCUACUUGAAGGAAGCAUACAAUGAGGUUUGCACCGAUUUGGAGCAAGCCAAACGACAGAAUUUCUUCUUCGGAGCGAAGCUUGUCCGUGGUGCUUACAUGGAACAGGAACGAGCCCGUGCAUUGGCCUUAGGCUACAGUGAUCCGAUAAAUCCUGAUUAUGAAGCGACCACGCAAAUGUAUCAUAAGACUUUGACCGAAUGCUUACGACGCAUUAAGGUAUUGAAAGACCAGGGAGAGGAAGCCAAUCGUAUUGGCAUCAUGGUCGCAUCGCACAAUGAAGACACCGUUCGGUUUGCUCUGCAAAAAAUGGACGAAAUUGGCAUUUCACCGGAAGACAAAGUUAUUUGCUUUGGUCAAUUGUUGGGAAUGUGUGACUACAUCACUAUGCCAUUGGGUCAAUCCGGCUAUUCCGCCUACAAAUACAUCCCAUACGGCCCAGUCAACGAAGUAUUACCAUACUUAUCCCGACGUGCCGUCGAGAACAAGGGCGUUCUGAAGAAGAUCCAGAAAGAGAAGCGCCUGCUGCGCACCGAGAUCAUACGGCGAUUGAUUCGUGGUCAAUUCUUCUACAAGCCGCAAGGAAAAUAUAUUCCCAUUUAAAUUUGUGACACCAACGCUCGUCGUCACGACGACGGCUGGACAAAAGAUAUUAGUGAGAUUGGAUGGGGGAGGGAGUAUAACUUAGUGAAUUAUGUCAUGCGAUAAAAUUAAACGUUUUCUUUGUGUGUGUGUCACUCUACAAUCGUCGUAUAAAAUUUGAAAAGCAGACAGAAGAACGUUUUAAGCGUUUCGUGUGUGAGCCAUUAGUAAAUUAAUUUGAAUGGAAAAAAAAUAAUUUAGAAUAAAUAAGAGAAAGAGCCGAGGACGGGGAUUAAGAUACUGAGUUAAAUGGAUGUGGACAAUUACGGAGAUCGGGAGAGAGAGAAAGAGAGAGCGAAUGGAUGCUGAGUAAAGAUGUAAAUUUUUAGUAAUUUAAGACAAAUGAAAAGCUCUGUCGAUUCAAAUAUUUUGGGAAAAAUGUCAUCUGAAAAUGAAUUGAGUGUCUUGAAGGCAGUCUCUUUGCCGGACGUAUGUAUUUUCUUUUACAUUUACUUUGUUGUUACUUUAUUGAUAAAAAAUUACUGUUUUAAGUUGUUAUGUCUCUCCUCUUGCCGUAAAACAUCCGAUUCGAUUUACGUUACAUGAACUUGUGAUUAACGACAGUUUUUGUUCUCCCGUUUUUUAUAUAUCAAAAAUUUUUAGUAUUUCCGAGAGAGUAUUUCCCAUAAUGAAAACGAGUACGUCCACCUAUCGUUUGUUUUUUGUUUUUUGUUUUUUGUAUAAACUUAUAAUUUAGUUACUCUACGGAUUAAUAUGUCACUUCCGUCUUAUAAUUUAUUUUUAAUUUAAUUUUUAAAAAACAAAUCAUCCAACAACAGCAGCAACUCAUGGAGCUAAGAAUCUCGAAUAUAAUUUUAAUCAAAUUGACGGUACGGAGUUUUCUUUUUUCCAUCUUUUUUGCCCAUGGAAUUCGUUUUUCUCUUACCUUGAAUCCAUAAAGUCCGUUUCACUCAUCAUGCUAUGGACAGCUUUGAACACAACAAUUGUUACUACUGCUCUGUGAAGGUGGAACGUUUAUUUUCGAGGGUGCCUUGUGACAAGGGAGCAACUGAAGCCACGAGUUACUCGACAAAACUGUGUUUCACUUUAACUUCCGCAUCAUACACAAUACUUUUACAUGCCACAUUCGUCCUAGUACUACUCUCGACGCCCUUUGCAUGUAAAAUCCAUUAUAUAUAACUCGGGAUAAAACUGAAAAGUCUCUUUUCGUGUGUUUAUAGACCCCGGCUACGCCUCGGUUUAACCAAAUUCACACGAAAACUCGGCUUUUCAUUUUUUUUAUCAAUAGUCAUGUAAAACACUGGUGCUUAUCACUGGCGGGAAAAUAUAAAUUUUCUUCCAUCCGCUGAAACUUCGGAAGCCUUUGUUGUGAAAAAUGUUGUUCUUACAACGGGAAUACGUCGGAAAUUGAAUUUUCUCGCUAUGCUCUGGCACACAAACAACACUCGUAAUCCAAUUUUCAACUUUUUUCCCCUCUUGAUGAGCAAAUAACUAUUUCAUGCUUGCGGUGUGAUUAACCUUAUUUUGCCACGUCCAUAGGUGAUGAGAAAAUUGCGUUUUGUUGACGAUUGAUAUAAGGACGCUUCUAGUGAGAAACGUGCGGCACAUUCUUUCCCUUGGGGAGAAAAUCCAUUACCGAACUCGAUAAGGUAUUGUAAAGUUUCGUUUCCAUGUUUUAUUGAUCUCGGUUUCGCCUCGAUAAAGAAAAUUCACACGAAAACUGGACGUUUCAAUCAAUUAUCCUUAGUCAUGUUCGCUUAUUGACAAGAGUUUUCUAUCAAUGGACAAAUGACCGUUAGUUCAAACCGAGAUUGAUAAGAGAAAUGUUCGUAGACUUUCUCGGUUUUCAUACAUUUUUGACCCGUUGUAGUAACGUCAUAAGCUAAACAAAAUAUACCACUGCGUUGCGAUGGAGUUAUUUGAGAGAGUAAAUCAUGCUUCGGUUAAGGAAUCGUUUGGAGUAACACAAGAUUGAGUAUUUUAGUAUUUUUGUUUUACGCAUGGUCGCCCAAAACUUACUAAAGGUGUACAGGCACUGUAAGUAUCGAGCUGCUUCUCAACGAAAUAUUUCCUAUUUCUUUCAUUUUUGUCGAAUUUCUUUAAAUUUUGAAGCCGCUUCACUGCAAUACGCACGGCAAAACAGAACGUGCAAUAAGCUUGGUUCAAACAUUAUCAACCAACGUUCUAUAUAGUUUUUGAUGUUGGACAAAAACUUCCUCUGUGACUGUCACAACUUCACAACUGUAAGCUUUAUUAACAAACAUCGAAAACCCUUGAAAAUUAUGUGUAAUAAUGGUCCUGUCCUUUCGAUGUCAACGACUUAAUUUAUCUGGUUUUUCUUUUCUGUGUCAGUGUCGAUCGAUCUUCCUGGAAUUUAACAUCAAUUGGGAGAAACUUACAUUUUAUAUGUAAAUUUGAAAGAAGUUGAGUGGCUCCACCAACGCUAUUAUUGUAGUGUCAUUGUAGGAAUCUCAGCAAUUUUAGUUGCAUAAUAAAGAAAGAGAAUGAAAGGCUUGGAAAUAAUUUGUUAAAAAUUCUAAAACGUAAGAACCUAGGGGAAUCAAAAGGAAAACUGAUAUUAUAAAAGAUAUUGCCGUCGUCAAUUUACAUCACUUAAUUUAAGUCACCUUGGUGUGGAACAAAAUGUAAAAGAAAAUUUACGAACGAAAGCUGAUAGGAAUAAUAAAAUUCGUGAAAAUAAUAAAUUUACAAAUUUAAGUGUUGAUAAAAAUGUGAAAAUAUUUCAAAGCAAAAAAAUUUAUUAAAUGUAAAGAAUUUGAGGAAAAAAAAGGAUUCAAAAAUUAACUAUUUAAAAUGAAGAUAAUAAAGACUUGAACACAGAAGGUCAACUCAUUUUAUGUGUUAAAAAUUCUUCACAAACAAAAAAAUUAUAAAAAAGCUUUCCUCGCGAGAUUGUUUCGUCAAACUCCGAUAAAAGCUCGACGAAGAAAAUUAUUCAAAAUUGGGCAUAGGUACGUCAAGACAACGUAGGUAAUUUUUACUCAAGCUUUUGUUGCAAGCUCUCACUGGGAGCUUACCGAAGUUCAUUGCAGACAAACACGUUGUUCUGAUGGCUUAGCAUUAACACCAUUAUGGUAUUACACUCAAAAACGUUGAAUAAUUUAAUGAAUUCAUGUCUAAUCACUGUUUCUAAUCACUGUUUUAUCAGCUAGGAAAUACAUAACUGAGUCAAUGAACUGACUAUGCGUAUUGAGGAUGAAGCAUCUUUUAAUUAAGCCCGACGUAGGACAUUCGAUUGCGUUUUCACAAUAUAAUUUGUACGGUGUGCCCACACACGAUCACGGCACUGCAUCAAUUCAUAAAAACGACUCUUCAGUAUUGAGGAGAAUUCUGCUGCUUUAAGGUUUGUGUGAGGUUCUCCAAGACCAAAUCUUCUAGUGCGGAUGUUAACUUCCGAAACAUCAAAGAAAUAGGGAGCGUUGUUGCACACUCUCCAGAAACGUUUCUCUGUCAAUAACAAACAUUUAGGGAGGGAGGGCCAAAAACUUAUUUUUUUCAUACAAACUUUGUAACAAUUUGGACGUUGACUUCCUAAGUACUCGAAAGUAAUUUGUUAGUUAACUUUAGUGGGCUUUCGUGAGCUUCGACUUCUUAUGACUUUUUCCAGAGAAAAUUUAAAUUUUUCUGACGAAAUCGUUGAAUGAGGUCUGUGAGCUUAAUAUGCGAAAGCUACCGUUAAAGCUAACAGAUAAAUCAAUUAUGGUGUGAAGUAAUACUUCAAGUAUCUGAGUUGGACAUAAUUCAUAAUUCGCGUAUCAUAAUGUGUGUUACGUGUUACGCCCACCAAAAAUUUUCCUUUGUCACCACCGAAAAGGACAUCGAACAUUUUCAACACAUUUGAAAUUUCUUUGUAAAUGCUAAACGUUGUAUUUUUGUGCACAUUUAAAUAACCUAUACCC